AUGGCGGAUGAAGCCGACGAGGUCGCUCGGCUGCAGGCAUACGCCAAGCGAAUUGAGGAGCUCGAAGCGGAAGUGCGACUCAUUGUCCAGGAGAACGACGAGCUGCUGAAUGAGAACGAGGAGCAGGAUGAUCCUGUUUUGCACCGCACCACGGCACAAUAUGAGCGCAUCCUAGCCGACCUCAAUCGCCAGCAUGAGGAGGAAGUGGAGGUGGUUCAUCGUGAACUGGCGCGGGAGCGCCAGAAAAUGGCACGCCAGCACGAGCAGCUGGAAGCCGCCAACUCGGGUGUCAGCGAAGCCAAGGCCCUCCUCCAAGACCUGCGGCGACGCUUGGAUGUGGCUUCGCGUGCCAAGCGCGAUCUCGAGAGUCGCAACAUGACAUUGGAAGAACAGCUCGAUGAGGCUCGCGCGCAGAAUCAGGCCUACAGUGCUCAUCUCAAACAAGUCCUCGAGAAGGUGGCUGACAAGCGGCAGCAACAACUCUUGGAUCUUGGUCGCGUCGCCGAGCAAAGCCGCCGACAACGCAACGAAGCUCUGCAAGAGGCUAGCCGUCGGGACGAGGAACUUCAAAUCCUCGCCGAGCAAAUGCGGCGCCAGCAAGCCGAUGUAUGA